AACUAAACCCGUAUCAAAACAAGAUUUUUGAAUUAAAAUUUAACUCAAAAAGCCCAUAAUUUCAGCGUCAUGUAGAUAAAACUCAAUAAACAAUAUUUCAAACGAUAUUCUAUAUCGAUUAUUACGUGAAAUGUCAAAAGCAAAGUUUUUUAUUUAUGGCGGCGGCAGAUGGCGGGAACUGGAUGAUACCGGCCGCGUCUCUGGUUGGGCUGGGGCUCGGUUUGUUUACUUGAAACGCGGUAAAUUGUGCGUGGCUAAUCGUAAAGCAGUGGUACGAGGGCUCAAUCGGUUAGCUGCUGGAAAGCCUAGUUCGGUCAAAGUUGGUUUACCGGUCCCACAAAUUAGAAAUGAAGACCUCAAAACAACAAAAGAUGAGGACUUCAGGAAGAUAUCAGAGGCUUGCCACUGUUGUAUGCAUAAGAGUGCAAAAUGCUGUGAAAUGGACGCAAACUUCAACAAACUACUCAAACCGAUGACACACUCUAUAGCGGUACAAUGCAAUCCAAUGAUCGAGAUUGCUACACAGGCUCCUUCACAGAACAUACACAUAGACAAACCACAAGAAAUUAUUAUUAAUAGUCCAACAACAUCCAAAGGGUUAAGUCAAAGUACACAAGCAAAGCAGAAUGUCUGCAAAGAAUUGUUAAUAGACGAAACAGAUGUAGAAUUAUUCCGCAACUUCGUUCUAAACGAUCCACAUAAUGUUUUCAACGUCGAUCUCUUAUUAUAUGACGAAAACGACGAUUACAAACGGCAAGUGUUCUACAAAAUCAACCCGUUGGUCAAUGUGGAGCGCAAUAGACGAAUACAACGUAUUGUGGACGCGAACAGCAAGAUACAGAAGAAACAUUUCACUAAAGUACUCGGCUUAAGAUCUGUUAACGAACCUGUUAAUUAUAGAUAUAGCAAGAGAAGGCGAACUGAGAAUAAAGAAAAUAUGAAACAGGUGGAUAGUGUGAAUGACAAGAUAGUUGUCAGUGAUAGUGAAAAAGAUAGUGCUAGUGUUGGGAAAGUGAAGGAAGUGUUGAAUAGUGUUAAUAAAGAUAGUGAGGGUAGUUUGAAAGUGAAAGAAGUGUUAAAUAGUGCAAAUAAAGAUAGUGAGGGUAGUCCGAAAGUGAGGAAGAAAGUUGUUAAGAAAUGGAGUGGCAAGAGUCCAAGUGUUCGCGAAUAUUCAAGACUCGAAGACGAUGCCAUAGUCACGUGGAUAGUAAAGAACGAGAAAGAGAACUUGGUGAACGGGAACAGGAUCUGGCAGAUCAUGCAGCCUGUACAUCAUCAGAAUACGGGGCAUUUCAGAUCCUGGCAUUCCUUACGCAAUCGAUACCUUCGAUACAUUCUACCGUCCCUCGGCAUGAUGGCCAUUCCACCAGCUGUGGUAUCCAGUCUACGAGCUGCGGCUUCUGCUGGGGAGAUAAAAGGGCGUAAAGAGUCACGUCGCAAUUCAAUUUUCAAAACGUCGCGAGUUCGCAGCGCUUGGACCGCGAAGCCGAAGGAAAAGCCACAAAGUGAGGAGGAGCCUUCAACAUCAAGACAUCUUCGAUCGAACACGCUUAUUUCCCCGCCCGGGAACAAACUGCCGACCUACUCGGAAAUAACAAGGCGAUUCGCGAUGCGCCAUCGCUCCACACCUAAUUCGACUGAAUCAGACAAACAGACAAAUAACACAAAACAUGACGGCAAAGUAAACGCAAAAUUAGAUCAUCAUAAUCAACAAGAAAAGACCGAUAAAAUUGACCGACAGGCAGACAAAGCUGACCGACAUACGGAUAAAAGUGACCAACAUUCCGAAAAAAUUGGCCGACAGACUGAAAAAAAUUACAGACGAACUGACAAGGUUGACCGGCAGUCCGACAAAACUGACCGACACACCGAAAAAAGAAAGAAUAAACAAAGAACUACAAUCGACGAUUACGAUUCUGAAAGUGAUGUGUUCAAAAAGAGCCGUCAUGUAGUUAGGCAUAGUCGACACGCUAGAGACAUAAGACGUAGUAGUCGACGCCUUAGUAAGUCUAGCAGUGAUGAAGAAGUAGAUAAAUCUAAUUCUAGAACAAAAAAUAAGGAAGAUAGACCAAGUCGUAAUAUAACUAAUGAACAUAAAAAAGAUAAAACUUUAAAUAGAGAUAGAUCUAAAGAUAAUGCAAAUUCUAAUUAUAAAAAAGAUAAAGAUAGAUCUAAUCGUAAAAAAAGGUCUAAUGAAAGCAAAAAAGAAAAGAAAGAAGCCAAUAUUAUGAUUAAAGAUAGUGAUGCAGAUAGUGUCAGAAAUUCACUUCGAAAACAAAUUAUAAACAACCUUUUGACAGAUAAUAAUAUUAAAAAAAACAUUGAAAGUCAAUCUACUAGCACUACGCAACAAUUUAAAGAAACUAAAAAAGACAAGAAUUCUCGUAAACACAAUGAAAGAGAUCAAAAUACUAAUUUACAAGAUGAAAACAUUGUGAAUAAAGCAAGUGAGAGAGUUUGGAAGAAAUUACGGCGCUCAGUGAACGGACAGUUUUUGAAACUGAGUAAAGUUGACAAAAAUUCGUUAAAUGAAACUGAAAGUGGUGACAACGAACACGAAAUUAGUGAAAACACAAAAGUUAAAAGUCACAAACGCGAUUCGCGUAAGAUAAGAGAUAGUUCAUCUGAAAAUGAAAGAUCGAUAACACGUAGUCAAUCGACUAGAGUUGAUGAGAAACGUAAAACUAAAUCCAAAUAUAGACAGACUGCUAGUCGAAGAUCGAGCAGACAUAGUGCACCAGUUAAAAACACAGAAAUACCUGAACAAGAUACCUCGCAACUUAGAUCUGAGAAACAUAAAGAAAAAUCAAAUAGUUCCAAAAGAGAAAGUAGUACGAAGGAGAAUCAAAAAAAUAACAAACAAAAAUUGAAAAUUAAAACUAAGAACCAACCAAGUAUAAGACCGACACGGUUUCAGAACGAUAGUAAAGAAAAACUAAAUAAAAAUAGGACCAGAGAAUCUUCAGAGGAUGAAAGUAAUGACCGACAAACUGACCGGCAAAUUGACCGACAAGCAAAGAGGGCGCAAACGAAACGAAGUAUAAGCAUAAGUAGUUCUGAUAGUGACCGACACACUAAAGAUAUAGACAAAGAAACGCAAAGUUCUAUCAGCGAAGAAACAACAAAAAUUAAAGAAAACCACGUUAAUAAAAGUAGAAAAGCAAGAAAACAUAGCACCGACACUGACCGUCAAAGUGACCGACAAGCUAAGAAACCGCGUAUAGAAUACGAAAUACAAAUAAGUGACGAAAGCAGUGAUUUUAUAAAAGACCCUGUACUACAAAAGAGGAAAAGUCUGGAAAGAACACAUAAGACUCGAAGUUUUAAUAGACUCAAGUUUGAAGAGGACUCCUCUAGUUCUGUAGAGAGUGUCAUUUUGAAUAGACCGACUGACCGACAGACGAGAUCGAAGGUGGCCGACAAAACUGACCGACAAAAACGGACUAGGCGCUUGUAUAAUCCAAACGCGCCUAUAUGAGAAAUUCCAUUUAAGAGACGGCGUAAUAUUUCUCAUCACUAUGAAUAUUUGUUGAAGUGAAACUUCUUUAGGCGCGUUGAGAGUAAAAUUUCAAGGUCGCGUCAUGGCAAUACCGUCACGAAACGGAGUAAGGCGACGAUUUUGAAUCUUGCCAAAGAAGUUU